CACUGGAGACAGACCGGAGACACACACACACACACACACACACACACACACAUCUCUGCUUCAGUCCAGCAGACAUCCGUCGGUGCUGCCUGCUCCGGAUCCUCGGGCCCCAGCUCUGUUCCCGUCUCCUCCAGGUCUCUGAACCCACGUUGGACAACAGACAUCAAGAGGUGACCUGGUGAAGUUUGACCCUGAGGGCUCUCACUGCCUCUCCCUCACACUUCAUCCUGUCCCUGGACAGAUUUGUCAUGGCUUCCUCCCUGAUCAGCCGUCAGUUUGCUCUCUCCCUGCAGAAAAACCUAUGGCUCAGUGCUCCAGCGUGUCGAUAUGUCAGUAAGGCGGCACCAAAGACCCAGGUGGAGUUUGACUAUGAGGGACCCUCCAUGAAAACUUCUGUUCCUGGACCACGAUCACAAGAGCUGACAAAGCAGCUGGGAGACAUCCAGAAUGUCGGUGCUAUCAACUUCUUCUGUAACUAUGAUGAGAGCAGGGGGAACUACCUGGUGGACGUGGACGGCAACCGCAUGCUAGAUAUCUACACUCAGAUCUCCUCCAUCCCAAUCGGCUACAACCACCCUGCUCUCCUCAAACUGAUGUCCAAUCCCAACAAUCUGAGUACACUUGUUAACCGACCUGCUUUGGGAAUCCUGCCGCCAGAGAACUUUCCAGACAAACUCACCGAAAGUCUUCUCUCAGUGGCUCCCAGUGGAAUGACUCGUGUUCAGACGAUGGCUUGCGGCUCCUGCUCCAAUGAGAAUGCUUACAAAGCGAUGUUUAUCUGGUACAGGAACAAGGAGCGAGGCCACAACACACCGUCUGAUGAAGACCUCAGCUCCUGCAUGGUAAACCAGGUCCCAGGUUGUCCAGAACUCAGUAUUUUAUCUUUCAUGGGAGCUUUCCAUGGAAGAACCAUGGGUUGCUUGGCAACAACACACUCUAAAGCAAUCCACAAGCUGGAUGUGCCAUCAUUUGAUUGGCCGAUCGCUCCGUUUCCCAAACUACAGUACCCGCUGGAGGAAUUUACCAAAGAGAACGCUCAGGAGGAGGCUCGCUGUCUGGAGGAGGUGGAGGAUCUGAUCGUUAAAUGGAGGCAGAGGGGGAAGCCUGUGGCUGGGAUUGUGAUUGAACCAAUCCAGGCUGAAGGCGGAGAUAACCACGCCUCCCCAGACUUCUUCAAAAGACUCCGCAACAUUGCACGCAAGCAUGGCUGUGCUUUCCAUGUGGAUGAAGUCCAGACUGGUGGAGGGAACACAGGAAAGUUGUGGGCUCAUGAGCACUGGGGCAUGGAUGACCCUGCUGAUAUAGUGUCCUUCAGCAAGAAGCUUCUCACUGGUGGCUACUACCACAAAGACGAAUUACAGGCUGAUAAGCCGUACCGCAUCUUCAACACAUGGAUGGGUGACCCAUCAAAGAACUUGCUCCUGGUUGAGGUUCUCAAUGUGAUUCGUAGAGAGAACCUUCUGGAGGAAGUGACCCGCUCUGGAAAAGCCCUGAUAAACGGCCUUUAUCAGCUACAGGCUCAGUACCCCGGCAUAUUGAGCCGAGCUCGAGGACAGGGGACCUUCUGUGCCAUUGAUAUCUGUGAUGAUGCAACCCGCAGCAGCAUCCUGCUCAAGGCCAGAGACAAAGGUGUCCUCCUGGGAGGGUGCGGGGAUCGAUCGAUCCGCUUCCGUCCAGCGCUGGUUUUCAAGGAGUACCAUGUGGACAUCUUCCUCAACAUCUUCAACGAUGUGUUGGCCCAGCACAAAUAAACGGUGACCGUGAAGGAACCCGACUGACGCUGCAUGAGCCUGAAUUAAUACAGAAUGGAGGGAGAAACUCCAGACGGUCCAUGUCAUGAUAAGCACAAUCCACACAAUUACUCACACAGAUAUCCCAUAUAUCCUCUGUUUCAGAUCCAAUUAGCCAAUCUUCAUCUCCUUAGCUUAUAAUGAUAAUGAUGAUAUUCUCAUGCUUGGGCUGCCAUAAAGCUGUACCCAGAAAAGCAUUCAGCUGCAGUAACUGAGAAUUUCACAGAAUGUUCAUGUUUUCUUUAAAAUAAAUCUGUGGAAAUUACUCCAAACUCCAGAAUCAUUCUAACUUACAUAAAGACUGACUCUGGAUGAAGUCAUGCCAUAUUGUACAUCAUGUCAGCAAAUCUAGCGGCUUCUGUUUCACAACCUUUACUGCCUGAGAUUCACAGGUCUGGAAACGUGGGUCUGUUCCAGCAUUACAUAAAUGUAAAUAUGACAUGGGAGAUCCCAACUCCUAAUCAACCUCACUUAUUGGCUCAGAACAGAGUCAUAUGUACAACUUCUUUUAGUGUUUAUAUGCUGGCCUCAUCCCACCGCCUGACUCAGUCACUGAAGUGAUUCCAGUUAGCCUGUAUGUGUUUGUUAAGCAGACAGACAGUCAUCCUCGAUGCAGAAUUCUGUGUCAGCUAUGGCUCUGUGGUAGGAACGCACAAUAAAGCUCAGCCCUGCAUGUCAUUUAAUGCCGUUCAUUAGAAACGUCCUUGUGAUGAUUCUGUGUUGCUCUUAAUAGGAAUGACUUCUGAAAUGUUGUAGCCCAGAAAAAAAUGUGAAUCUUAAGUGGACCACAACAAUGUCAUAGAUUGUUUAGUGCCUGCAUGUCACUUAAAUGUGCUGAUAUUUUUUUAUUUUAGUGGCUCAAAUGGGAGCAGACACUGGUAACCUUAAUUGAACUAUAAUUGUGAACACAUUUACUUGACUCUUGAACAAAAGCUUCAUAUGUUGCAAUUAUUUCCUGAAAAGACAAUUACUUUUCAUUUUUAGUUCACUCUUGGUUAUGAUUUCCUAUUUAACAGUUGUCAUAUGUGACACAACAGCAAGUGUAAAUUAAGGAAACUGAUCAAUUUCAGUUUCCAUCAAGCUUCAAAAGGCCUUUUCAAUUCAGAUUGAUUGGGGUUCACAGGGGUUCACAGGGGUUCAGCCUCUGUGGGGUUGUUCACACAGAUGUGUUAAACCAUGACUGGAUGUCUUUGGUGUCAGGCCUGUUAGUAGCCCUGUUUGGAACCGUCUCGUCCACUGAAAACACUUCAGACUACACUUUGAAAUCACAUCCAACUAGAAAGGUGAACUCAGUUGUAGUUUACUGUGUAACACUUCACGUUGACUGUUUAUCGCUCCCUCUGAACAGAGACUGUCCUGCUUAUGCAAAUAAGUUUGUACAAUGAACAGUUGAAAAAAAAAACAUCACCAUGGAAGUGUCUUUAAACUGUAUUUUUAGAUUUUUACAGAGAAAAGACUUCAAAUAGAUAGGUGAACUGAUUGGUCUGCCACUCAGCGGAUGAGACGGACCCAAACAUGGCUGGCCUGUUAGCAAACUGUAGAUCAUAUUUAAUACAAAUAUGUAGAACAUAAAGUCUUUAACACCUUCACAGCGCAACUUUUUAUAAAUAUUUGAAGAAUUGCCAUUAUUAUUUUGAAACUCUGCCCAAGCUGUUUGCUACUGAUUAUGUAGAACACUUAACAACACAUAACUUCAUCAAUGUUUGAAUGUUCCAUGGAGCUUUUAGGCAAGUGUAACAAGUGUGUAGCAUUUCAGAAAAAGUGUUAUCAUUAAUUUAUUUCUGAUUAUUAACUUAAUACAGUCAUAAAUAUCUAUAUGAAUAUUAUGUAAUUUUUUUAAACAUUCAUUUUGCAGAAAUGAUAUCCAAUAAGCCUAUUGUAAAUUUGUUCCACAUAGACCACAGGGUUAGUGAGUCUUGUAUAAACAUUGCUUUUAAAGGAGAUUUAAUGAGGUAAGAACUGUAGGGAUGGGCUGCAGGGUGUCGAUGUGAAAUGAUGUGAGCAUUACAAUGAUGAUGAUGAUGACAACAGUGUCAUCUCCUUGUUGUCAGUCAAUAUUCCAUGUAUCCAUGAUGACCUUCUUUAAACAUUACCUAUUAUCACUUGUGAUCUGAGAUAGAUGAUUAUUGAUGUGAUUAUUUUAGAUGGCUCUAACUGUUGUUGUCUAUAAAAACAUUCUGUCCAUUUACUGGUAGAAAUAAAUUAAGUUUUGAGUAA